UUCCUUAUCAGGAUUGGACUUCCUCCCCGCCACUCAAACUAUCCAGUCCUCCCGUGUUUCAUACACGCUUCCUGGAGGAUAACCACAGGCGUUUUACGGAGCAAGCAAGCCGGGGAGGUAGAAUGAGGUAUACUUAUCUAUGUGAAGGAACAUGAACAUGGACCCUUGAACUCAAGAAAUGACAACCCCCCCCCCCGGCACAAUCUAGUAACAUUUUUGAGUUUUUAUCUGUUUUGUUUGGUUUUCCAUCUCUGUCUUUGAUGGAAAACAACUGAUUAUGUGGCAUUUGUCAUUCAGUUGACACUUAGCAACGCGGUCCAUGUCCAAUUCUAUCUCACUACUGUAAAGCCUGCUUGUCUCUUGAAGAGUGAUAUUUAAAUUCUACCUUGACACACCUUUCUCCUGCCUCCACAUAUCUCUCAUUUUAGUGGAAGAUCGGGACGUUUGACGUCAGCACUUAAUACGCAAUAUUCCACUGCAAUCUAGUGCUAAUUAAAUUGCUAUAGCCUCCUUGCAAGACCAAGGUGUGUUCAUUUUUGUCUGAUUCAUAGUUUUAAGAUUUGUUGUAUUUUGUUAUUUAAACUCUUGUUUGACAUGUAGCCGUCAUUUCUAAGCUGCACUUUAUUGAUAAAUAUCAAGAUAAUUUCAAACUGUAAUUUAAGCAUAUCUUUGAGUUAUGUAUAUUUUUUAAAUCUUUAGGAGUAUAUAUAUUCUGUUUUCAUUUUAAACUGGAAAAGUAUAUCGUUUUUGUUUACAAGGCUCAUCUGUCUAUCAUUUCGAAAUGGACAAAUCUAGAAUCUGAUUGCAUUUAAGGACAAGGGAGACAUAAUCUGGAAUUGACAGAUCUAAGAUCUAUCCUUGUCUUCGGCAUUUGCAUUGUGAAGGCUGGUGUUUUCCAUUGUUUUUAUCUGUUCCUCUGUUGACACACUAAGGAGAAGAAUCUCCAUCUGAAGGCCAGUGGGAUCGUACAAUACUUCUUUGAGUGCAGAUGGUUUUCACACGUCAACUCAGAGGUGCUUUUGUGGCGUUGCCUUUGCAAUUCAAGCACUGAAGUGGAAGAAUGAUUUUAAGGAGGUUUCAGGGAUAAAUAACUUGUGUUUUUAAGACAGACUGACAGGUCUAUAGUUAUAUUUUGGUCAUCCCAGCAGAUCCUAAGGAGAGGUGCUUCCAUUUGAUUCUCCUUUUUAAGGUGGCCAUCAGUCGCCGAAAUGAACUGACAUGUGUAUCACUACCUGAAUUUAAACAGACUUAUUCCAUCCAACAAACUGCCAACUGCAUGAAACACUCACACACCGUCCACCUGUCAGGAAACAGACCUUACCUACCCUAAACCUGAGGGUUGGAAGUCCGCUCCCCGUCAAGCCCCCCACACUAAGGAUGCGUUCCCCAGAGCCCCCCAUCCCAUCCCCAGCUGAGGCGCUACUCCACUGCCAGUUCGGGGGCUGGGGAACGGGCAGCAGCUGCAACAACAGCUGCCCCAACAGCCCUGGAGGUCCUGGGGGUCUGUCAUCCCCUUCUCCCUCCCCCAGCCCCUCUCCUGCCUCCAGCUAUGCCUUGACCCUCACCCCCUCCCACAUCCACGUCCAGCGCCUGGCCCCCCGCACUGGUAAAGAGGCACGUCUAAUACUACCUCUGUCAGAGCUGGCAGGGUGCAGCUGUCCCCGCGCCCCUGCUCCCCCCUUGCUGGUUCUAUACUGGUAUCCCCCGGGGAGGCGGAGGAAGGGGGUGUCCAGGAGGAGGCAGGUGAGGGUGUACCUGGCUGAGGCCAGGGUGGAGGCUGAGAGGUGGUCCACUGCUAUACAAUGUCUGCUCAGGGGAGUCGCCAUCACUGCUGACACGGAAAUUGUCAAACGUCUACUGCCCCGUCCCCGAAGGCUGCUGCUAUUGGUGAACCCCUUCAGUGGGAGAGGCCAGGCUAUGCAGUGGUGUCAGACACACAUCCUGCCAAUGAUCAGAGAGGCUAACAUCAGCUACAACCUGAUACAGACAGAGCGACAGAACCAUGCCAGAGAGUUGAUCAAAGAGAUCUCCCUGCCUCAGUGGGACGGCAUCAUCAUCGUCUCUGGAGAUGGCCUGCUGCACGAGGUGAUCAAUGGUUUGAUGGAGCGUCCAGACUGGGAACUAGCAAUAAAGACACCUGUAGGUAUCCUUCCCUGUGGCUCUGGAAAUGCCCUGGCUGGCUCCAUCAACCACCAUGCGGGUUAUGACAUGUGCCUUCGGGAGCCUCUCCUCCUCAACUGCUGUUUUCAGCUCUGCCGUGGCGGAGUCAAGCCCAUGGAUUUGGUCUCUGUGACAACCAGCCCCGCCCCUUCUCAAAGUGGCCGCCCGGGUCUUCCCAGAAGGAUGUUCUCCUUCCUGUCUGUGGCCUGGGGCUUUGUGUCUGAUGUGGACAUUGAGAGUGAGAGGUACCGGGGUCUGGGGUCGGCACGGUUCACCCUGGGCACUCUGGUCCGCCUGGCCUCCCUGCGCUCCUAUAAGGGCCGUCUGUCCUACCUGCCCCCCUCCAUAGUCGCCACAUCCCCAGACGCCAUCCCUCCGCCCCUGCGCAGACCCCUGUCCCGCAGCAUCACUGAGGGCCUGGAGGGCUUCUGCCACACCCCCAUCCAACGCACCAGCUCUGACAUGGGCCUCAGCGAACAGAGGAGUCUGAGGAGGGUAGACACGGAGAGGGAGAGGGAGAGAGAGAUGGAGAGGCAGAGAGAGAGGGAGAGGAGGAGGGAGAGGGCCAGGGGAGGGGGAACGGGGGUGGUCAGGGCGAGUAGCUUGGCAGAGGAUAGAGAGAGAGAGAUGGAGGGAGAGGUGGGGAGGUCAGGGACAAGUUCGGAGAGAUCUGGGACGAGUUUGGAGUCGAACGAAAGGGAAGAUUGCAGGAUGGGAAGGGAGGAUGGGAUGACGGGGAACACGGAAGAAAGGCCAGAUGAGGAAAGAGAAGACGGCACGAUGGAGCAGGACUCAGGGGUGAUAGAGGAUAUAGAGGAGAGAGUGAGGAAUGGGGAAGGCAGCAGCGUCUCAAUGGAUGGAGUGAUGGAAGCGAAGGAGGUUGGAGAGGGGUACGGGGUGGACAUGGGGCGAGAGGCCAACGAGGACCCAGAGGGGUGUUACUCGUACCCUGACAACCUCCAGCAGACCAGACUGGCUCUAAGGAAGAACUCUGCCCCUUCCAGCCAGAUAGCUAACGCCUUCUUUAGCCAGCCCCUCAGCCAGGAGACUGACCCUGUGUCUGGAGCCUCGUACAGGGCAGAAGAGAUGGAUCUGAACGGAACAUACUUCCAGAAAGAAGCUUACCCACUGGACAUCGCCCGGGAGAGAGCCCUCACCAUAUCCUCUCCCUUCAGACACUCUCCUUUCUCCUUCAAGCCCAAAUCUCUGGACCAGAACGCAUCCCGCCCCAGACCCCUAUCCCUCCUCCACCACCCCCACUCUAACUCCCUACCUCCUAAACUCCCAUCCCUGUCCCUCUCCCUCUCUCCCACGCCCCCUUCCUCCCCGUCCUGCGCCUCCCCUCACUCCUCCUCCUACCUCGUUCCGCGCCCCAACACACCCAACUCUACUUCCCCUUCCCCGUCUCUCCAGUCCCCCUCCUUUACCUUUGACAUUGCAGAACCUGCUGGACCCCUCAAGAACCGCCCCCCCGUCUCACUCCCUUUCAACCCCCCCAGGGAUGACCUCCUGCCCCCCUUGGACCAGGCCCUGCCGACCCGGGACUGGGUGACAAUAGAGGGGGACUUUGUGCUUGUGCUGGCCAUCUACCAGUCCCAUCUCGGGGCAGACCUCCACGCCGCCCCCCAAGCCAGGUUUGACGAUGGGCUGAUCCACCUGACAUUUGUGCGGGCAGGGAUCUCCAGAGCCACCCUGCUCCGUCUGUUCCUGGCCAUGGAGAGGGCACACCUGUCUCUCAGCUCCCCCUAUGUGAGCCACGUCCCAGCCAGGGCCUUCAGGCUGCAGCCCCUCUCCCCAAGAGGAACACUCACUGUGGACGGGGAACUGGUGCCAUACGGCCCGCUGCAGGCACAGGUCCAUCCUUCUAUGUCCCGGCUCAUUGUCGGCGACUCUGGAGUGAAGAUCACCCGAUUCUGACAAGGGAUUGGCUGACCAGAUCAGCUGAUACGAGAAAGGGGAGAAAAAAAGCCUCAGAGACUGAAAAUAGACCGACUCAUUUCUGGGGUUUAAUGGAAGGGAUCACCUGCUGAGCAGAGCGGCGGUGCAGGACGCAAGCCGAGGGAUUAAUAGAGAAUUUUAAAAACGGAUGAAAAUGAGCUUUGUUGCACAGCUGUUGGAUGACACUCCGUUUAUCCUGAGAAGCCUGUACCUGCAUAGCCAUGGGAACUAAAUAGGGGGGGACACGUUGAAUGUGUAUGGGGGAGUGUGUAUUCGGUGCAUGUGUGUGGUGUAUACAUUCUAGUAUGCACAAAUGGCAUGCAGAGAUGCACAUUUCCUGACUUGCCUUACAGAGUUCAGAUUUCUUUGUUCUCUAUCAAAGCUGUCCUAGAACAGUUCUAGAACUUCUUCAGAGGGAGCCACACCCUCAUGCAAAUGUAGAUCCCCUUCCGUAUUGGAACCGCUGUCCUUCCCUGUAAUGCCUUAAAGUACAACUCCUGUGACUUUGCCCUUUCAGUCUUAUAUAAGAAGCCUAAACCUGCGACAACGCAAAUCUCCAUUCACCAGAGGCUGGUGGGAGGAGCUAUAGGAGGACGGGCUCAUUGUAAAGACUGAAAUGGAAUUAAUGGAACGGUAUCAAAACCCCAUGUUUGACUCUGUUCUAUUUAUUCCAUUCCAGCCAUGACAAUGAGCCUGUCCUCAUAUAGCUCCUCCCACCAGCUUCCUCUGCCAUCCAGGUAUAUCAGAAGGGACCGUCCACUACAGGAAAAACAAAGCAAAGCUGAUGAGCAUACUGUGGUGUUAGGUUUGUUUUGGUGUGUAUGUAAUAUCUGUGCACACAGGAAGUUAAUUAGCAAUCCCAUGGAGACAAUUACUCCUAGAAUAAACCAGUAAAGUUAGAUCAACACUGAAAUAAAUAUAAAUCUCAUUGAGUCGUUUUACACGGGUAUUCCACAAUAGGAUAGAUGGGACUGUUGAACAGUAGCCAUCAUGGUGUAUAGUGCAUUUGCCUGUUUUUCUUAGAAAAAAGGGUGCAUGAUGAUGAUGCUAGAUUAUGAAGUUGCAACACAGUGAACACGAGACUGUUGCUUGAUCAAGUUUCAUGUAUGUUGUCACGGAAUCCUCAGUCUCACAAAGACCCAGAAUGCUGGUUGUUUUCAGCAAAUAGUCACUAGUUCCACAUGUGUAAACUGCCUUUACUACAUACCUCUGUUGUAGUCGAUUUGAAUUGAUAUAAUUGUGAGUAGAUUCUGAACUGUUAUGCAGCUGCAGAAAAUCAACCCUCGAUUGUAUUCUAUCUCUUAGAUAAAGAUUGCUGUUGAAAGGAACAAGAUGUACUUGUCUUGCUGGUGUUAUUUACCACAUGACAAGCAGAUCGUUUCCAUAGGAGACAGUUAUAAUCUUAAACAGACAACAUAAACUCAGUAAAUGAUUGAUUACCAUCUUGAGGAUUUAGCUAAUCACAGACGAGGCUGUGCCUCCCAAAUCAGCCUACAUUUCAGAAAUGGCUUUCUCAAUGGAAUGUAGCCUAUACAGUUGAAGUCGGAAGUUUACAUACACGUAGGUUGGAGCCAUUAAAACUAGUUUUUCAACCACUCCACAAAUUUCUUGUUAACAAACUAUAGUUUUGACAAGUCGGUUAGGACAUCUACUUGUUCAUGACACAAGUAAUUUUUCCAACAAUUGUUUACAGACAGAUUAUAUCACUUAUAAUUCACUGUAUCACAAUUCCAGUGGGUCAGAAGUUUACAUAAACUAAGUUGACUGUGCCUUUAAAUAACUUGGAAAAUUCCAGAAAAUGAUGUCAUGGCUUUCGAAGCUUCUGAUAGGCUAAUUGACGUCAAUUGGAGGUGUACCUGUGGAUGUAUUUCAAGGCCUACCUUCAAACUCAGUGCCUCUCUGCUUGACAGCAUGGGAAAAUAAAAUAAAUCAGCCAAGACCUCAGAAAAAAAAUUGUAGACCUCCACAAGUCUGGUUCAUCAUUGGGAGCAAUUUCCAAAUGCCUGAAGGUACCACGUUCAUCUGUACAAACAAUAGUAUGCUAGUAUAAACACCAUGGGACCACGCAACCGUCAUACCGCUCAGGAAGGUGCGAAAAGUGCAAAUCAAUCCCAGAACAGCAGCAAAGGACCUUGUGUAGAUGCUGUAGGAAACGGGUACAAAAGUAUCUAUAUCCACAUUAAAACAAGUCCUAUAUCGACAUAACUUGAAAGGCCGCUCAGAAAGGUAUAAGCCACUGCUCCAAAACCGCCAUAAAAAAGCCAGACUACAGUUUGCAACUGUACACGGGGACAAAGAUCGUACUUUUUGGAGAAAUGUCCUCUGGUCUGAUGAAACAAAAAUCGAACUGUUUGGCCAUAAUGACCAUCGUUAUGUUUGGAGGAAAAGGGGGAGGCUUGCAAGCCAAAGAACACCAUCCCAACCUUGAAGCAUGGGGUGGCAGCAUCAUGUUGUGGGGGUGCUUUGCUGCAGGAGGGACUGGUAAACUUCACAGAAUAGAUGGCAUCAUGCUUCACCUGCUGUUUUCAACUCUCUAAAGACAGCAGGAGCGGUAGAGAUACGCUCAAAGAUUGGCUAUGAAAAGCGAACUGACAUUUACUCCUGAGGUGCUGACUUGUUGCACCCUCGACAACUACUGUGGUUAUUAUUAUUUGACCAUGCUGGUCAUUUAUGAACAUUUGAACUUCUUGGCCAUGUUCUGUUAUAAUCUCCACCCGGCACAGCCAGAAGAGGACUGGCCACCCCUCAUAGCCUGGUUUCUCUCUAGGUUUCUUCCUAGGUUUUGGCCUUUCUAGGGAGUUUUUCCAAGCCACCGUGCUUCUACACCUGCAUUUGCUUGCUGUUUGGGGUUUUAGGCUGUGUUUCUGUACAGCACUUUGAUAUAUCAGCUGAUGUAAGGUCUAUAUAAAUACAUUUGAUUUGAUCAUGAGGAUGGAAAAUUGUGGAUAUAUUGAAGCAACAUCUCAAGACUUCAGUCAGGAAGUUAAAGCUUGGUCGCAAAUGGGUCUUCCAAAUGGACAAUGACCCCAAGCAUACUUCCAAAGUUGUAGCAAAAUGUCUUAAGGUCAACAAAGUCAAGUUUUGAAGCCCUGACCUCAAUCCCAUAGAACAUUUGUGGGCAGAACUGAAGAAGCGUGUGUGAGCAAGGAGGCCUACAAACCUGACUCAGUUACACCAGCUCUUCCCACUUAUUGUGGGAAGCUUGUGGAGGACUACCCAACCAACGUUUGACCCAAGAAAAACAAUUUAAAGGCAAUGCUACCAAAUACUAAUUAAGUGUAUGUAAACUUCUGACCCACUGGGAAUGUGAUGAAAGAAAUAAAAGCUGAAAUAAAUAUUUUUUUCUACUAUUAUUCUGACAUUUCACAUUCUUAAAAUAAAGUGGUGAUCCUAUCUGACCUAAAACAGGGAAUUUUUACUUGGAUUAUAUGUCAGGAAGUGUGAAAAACUGAGUUUCAAUGUAUAAGGUGUAUGUAAACUUCCAGCUUCAGCUGUACCUAGUAUGUCUAUGUUGAACGGGUGUUUUAGUUAAUCUUAAAAACAUAUGAUUCUUAUGUAUUUGUGACCAGAACAAAUGUAAUAUGUCAGGAAUUUAAUCUCAUGAGCAUGUAUCAAUCAGUUAUGCCAUGUUUGACUGCUCGGGGCUGUUUGGUCCAGUAAUUCAAGGCCUCUGUUCUCUUGCCUGCUAAUUUUAGGCCCUGUUCAAAUACUUUCAGAUGCAGCCCUUCCUCCCUUCAUUUUUUUAUUGAACCUUUACUCCUUCCUCUGAGUAAUCCCUGAUAUCACAAGACUUGAUAGGUGAAGGCUAUGUGAUACAAUCCUUGCUGAUGCAGUGUCGCUAAUCAGUUAGUUUAUCAGUGAUUACUUUAAGGAAAAUACUUCAUUUCAAACGGGGCCUUGGUCCCUAGACCAAAGCUGUCCAUCCCUGGAUAUACACCAAGCUUCCUUCUAUGGCCUGAGGAUAAAACAUUUCACAAGACUGGAUGGUGGUUCUCGGGCUGGUGUCAGUGCAUUAUGACAAGUAAUUACAAAACUAUUCACUCUCAAUUUUAAGAGACUCGCUGUGACAAUUUAAACCUGAUGUACUGCUCAGUGUCCGUGACCAGGGUCCUACAACCGGGAAUUCGGGAAAACUUUCAAUAAAUUCCCUGGAUAACUGAAUUUUGCAACCUGAGCUGUGACCCCUUGCUAAUGCCAGUAAGAUGUAUUGUCUAUAGAUGGAUUGGCCUGUAAUAAACUUGUAAUUAUUACUAAAAUGAAAAAUAUACAUAUAAUGUACAGUUCAUAGUUAUAUAUUGUUUUUAAAAUGUUUUUUCCUUAAAAUAAUAAAUGUAUCUUGUAAACUUGU